AAGGCGCCAAAUCUGAAAGUUCAGAUCGAUAAACAAACUAACACCUGCAAGUGUGUUUAGGUCCGUGGUUCUGAUUUGGCUCAUUUUAACCCGCUCUUCCGUGAACAUGGAGCCCACAUCGCAGUUCUUCUCCAAACUCAGGAGGCUGGCGGGGAAUCUGGAGGCAGAAACGAGCAGACUGCAGGAGGCGUUUGAGAACCGCGGCCAGGACGAGGACGGAGAAAGCGCAGCCAGAGCAAUGCGGGUUUAUCACGAAGUGAACAGUGAAGUUCUGAACCUGAAGGGGCAGAUCCAGGAUGAGUUAGUUGAGCAAAAAUCCAAGGAGAAUGAGGUGAGCAAGUUCAUCGGGGCUUGUAGAGUGAUGGAACAAAGGGUCUCUAAGGACAUUGAGACAAUCAGGACACACCUGGAAAAGUAUGGUUACCAGGCCCCCUUGAACAACCAAAGAACAACCAAGGCAAAUGAUGCAGAGUCUGAAGUUGAUGUAGCAGAGGGGUAUGAAAGUAACCCAGAUAUGGUAAAAGAGGAAAGCCAGGAAGAUGAUGAAGGGAACGACUGCUCAUCACCACCAAAAAUGGACCUGCCUUUCAGCGAUGUGAUGCGAACCCCUCAGUUCUCAGAUUUUGGUCUCUCUGAGCUGGAGCUGAAAAGAACUCUGGCUGGGGAGUGGUGCCCUGAAGUUCCUCCUAUGCCCAAAAUGAGCUUCCCUCAACCCUCACUCAGCACCCCUGCACUACCCCCUAUGCCCAUAACUCCUAAAUGUGCCCUGAGGAUGGAUGAAGAUGAACUACAGACACCCCAGAUGCAUGACUUUGGUAUCACAGAGCACACCAUGUGCCUAAACAAUGACUUCACCAUGGAUCUGUUACGGAAGAACGUUGAAAAGCAUCAGAGGGACCAAACAACAGCCCCACAAGACAUACCUGUGCCAACAGUGGACUCCGUAAUAUCAAGUUUGCAGACAAAAGUUGACAAGUUGGAGUCCCCAGAGCGCCCUGUAUUUCAUACCCCAGGGUUCAACAUCAAAAAAUCAAAUGGUCAUUGCUCCGUGCCAGUGCAAAACGGCAACCCAGAAUCCCCAUGUCACGCUGACGACUUGCCUACUACACCCGAGGCCCCAGCUCUUCAAACCCCAUAUCUGAACCGACUGGUCAGCAAUAAAAAGAGUGUCCGGCAGCCAGAUCCAACCAACAUGCAAACUGCAAACGACAGCCAAACAACUGAACUUCAGGCGACUCCCCGUAAUGGCACAACUGGCUCAAAACAGACCUGGGAAUACAACGUGCCAGAUUUUUCGGUCUUUGGUGUAGACGACAAACAGAUGCCCCAGACGCCCGAGAUGCCAAACCUGGAGUUUUUCUUGAAAAAUUCUUUACAAAAUAGCAACGGAAAAACCCUGAGGAUCAGGGAGAAUGAAAGAGUUGCUGCUGACAGCGGUCUAGAAGUGGACGGGCCCACCCAGGAGUUCAGCCUGAAGAUGCCUCGCAUAAGGAUAACGUACGAGGAGCUAAACACGCCCGAGAGACCGGACCUUAACUCCAUCACACAGGACAUCUGUAAACUUGUGUCCCAGACUCAGAUGAAGAAGACAACUUCUGCAGCAGUGCAGCCACACGCCAUUCCAGAAAAAGAUGUGCACAGUCUUCUCUCACAAGCUGAGAGUGUGUCUUUGGUGUCACGAAACGAGUUCCAGGCGUUACCGAGCUACCUGAGGCAGAUGACUCUGAGCAGCCUCAACGAGGCCGUCAACAACAUCAACACAUUCACACACGAGCAUCCAGGAGAAAUGAAAGAGUUCACCAUGGACAAGCUGAGGAAGAUGAUCGACGUUGGAACUAAGGCCCCGGUUUAUGUCCUCUGUCUGAAGGAGCUCAAGAGGCUGAAUCAUGUGGACGGGAAUAUGGACUCUGCUGUGUACAAACUAAUCACACAGAACUAAAGAUUGUCCAACUGCCAGCCCAAAUCUAAUCCCAUCUGGAUUUAUGAAAAGCUUUAAGGUACAGAAAUUCUGGUCUGUAUGCUUAAUAAAAGUCACGAGAGAAGGCACAAGUAACUUUACCUGAGAAAGCAGGUGUAAAGUCUUUUUAUGGGUUUAUAUGUAUAUUGUAGUUACUCUGCAUGGUGAACUGCAGUCAUAUAUAUUAACUCAGUAUAAAGAAAUUGUAACAUAUUUAUGCACACCAUAUGUAUACUCUGUAUACAAGUAAAGACAGUUGGCUUAAAAAUAACAAUAUAUAAAUGAUACAUGUACUCUAGCACUAAAAAUUCUUUGUAA